GUCACAUCUUGUGAAAAUACCUGUAAAAUCAAUUUAACGUUCAGUGCAGCGUGUAAAGACAGCUCUAAGAAUUUAAAAGACGCCUGAGUCAGAACAUUUAAAUGCUUGAGUCCCUGUAGCAGCGUUUUAACACGUCUAAGUGCAGAGGGUGGAGAAUGCAGCCUGAUUGCCGCCACUGUUCGCGCCCUGUAACAUUUUAAGAGUCAAGAAAAGCGCCCAUAAAACAAAACAAAACGCCGAAAAAACCCAAGUGGGCAGUCCUCUAGGGACGGAACAGCUGACUUGUAGAAAUUUGGGUUGGUCCUUAUUUCUGUGUGAGAACUUUGUAUGCAAAACUUUUUAUUUGCAGGCCUAGAUUAAAAAAUAAGAAUUGUUAAAACACGGAGUUUAACUCAAUAGUGGCUUUUGUUAGCAAGCCAAUUGUGUUAUUAAUUCUUAAUGCCUCAUGCAAGGCAGGAAUCGUUAUCACAGUUUUACAGGUUAAAAAAACGUUUGGCAGGAAAAAAGGCAUUUUCUCUUCACACAAGCAAUGGCAGAGCUGCAAAUUAAGUCUUAGCAUUCUGCCUUCUCAGCUGCGUCCCCCUCUAGACCAUGUUACAAAACAAAUGAGUAGUUACUUUGAUGUUACUCAUAAAAGGCGCGAGUAAGCCAAAUGUUCUGUGAACGUGAAGUGUUAAAUCGUAAUAACCUUCCAUGUCUGGCCUGCUUUGGGAGGCUCAGCUGCCCUUAGGUGUUGGAUACCUCACGGAGAGGAGGGGGUGGAGCAGAAACGUGGAAAAUAAUGUCAAGGGAAAGAUUUUUGCCUCAGGAGCCCAAUCUGUGCUCAUCUUUACCACCCCCAGUGUUGAUGUCAUUCUUUGCCUUGUACCGCAUGUUCUGGCCACAGUUCCUAUCUGUCUCAGCUACAUUGCUACACCUUCGCCCUACUGCAUUGGCUUUGACCUCUCAGUCUUGUCCGCCUCAUUCCUCCAGGUGCCCCUUAUUGACGCUGUAUGUAACAAUAGUUGUUCAAGUGUGGAAUGUUUUGUCACACCUGAAGGAUGAUUCUAGAAUUAAUGAUCAAAAACUACCAACAGAUCUUAAGUGAAAGGCAAGUUAAAGAAGCACAAAGAAACUAUUCUUGACUUUGAUAGCCGAGUUAUUUGACUGGAGGGCGCAAAAACAGACUUUGAUUUUUUUCCCCCCAUCUUUCCUCAGUUCACCCAUAUCUGGCAAAUGGUUGCUCAGUUUUAACUUCAGCUUUAUAAUGGUACUGGUGGGGAAUCCUGAUUAGACCUUACUGAAUUGGAAACUUUCCUUUUCAGAAAGAGGCUUUUUUUUUUUUAAACAGCUCGGAACAAGGAGACAUUUAUAUUCUUGGAAUGCCAGUUAUUCUGGUACUGAUAAGAAUCCUAACCUAAGAAAAUCAAAUGGCAUCUGGAGAUUUCUGCUUACCUGGAGAAGGGAUGGAAAUUGUUCAACAAGUGUGCAGCAAGCAGUUUCCUCCUUGUAACCUGAGUGAAGAAGACCUGCUGCAGAACCCCUACUUCAGCAAGCUGCUGCUGAGUCUCUCACAGCUUGUGGAUGAGAGUGGCUUAAGCCUCUUCCUGGCAAAGGAGCAGGCUGAGGCAUGGAAGGAAGUUCGACUGCAUAAGACAUCAUGGUUGAGGUUUGAGAUUUUGCAGCGAGUAAUUCAAGAGCUGCUUGUGGACUACUAUGUGAAGAAGCAAGACACAAAUUUAACGUUUGAGGACAAAAAGUUCCUGGAGACCCUCGAACAUCGGCUACUUGUGACUGAACUGACACAGAUCUUAGGCCCUAGCCGGGAGAGCGAGACGCCUCCACUGCUAGGACUGGAGAAGGCGGAUCUUCUGGAGCUCAUGCCACCCUCAGAGGAUUUUGUGUGGAUGCGAGCUCGGCUCCAGCUGGAAGUGGAGGAGCAGCUCAAGAGGAAAUGUUUCACUCUGCUUUGCUACCAUGACCCCAAUUCAGAUGCCGACAGUGAAACCCUGAAGGCUGCAAAGGUGUGGAAACUGGCAGAGGUCAUGGUGGCUGAAAGGCAGCGGUGCCAGGACGCGCAGGGUCAGCAGAAGGAGCAGCUGGUGUUGCUGGAGAAGAAGAGUGCCACCUACUCCCAGGUACUUCUCCGCUGCCUCAUCUUGCUGCAGAGGCUACUUCAGGAGCACCGGCUGCAGACUCAGUCCGAGCUGGAUCGCAUCAAUGCUCAGUACCUGGAAGUCAAGUGCAGCGCCAUGAUCCUUAAGCUGCGAAUGGAGGAACUGAAGAUUGUGUCCGACACUUACACUGCUGAGAAAGUGGAAGUUCAUCAGCUCAUUAGGGACCGCUUAGAGGCAGGCAUUCGCCUACAGGAGCAGGACUUGCAGAAGUCACGACAGGUCCUAAACACCUAUGAGGUUCUCGGGGAGGAGUUUGACAGGCUGGUAAAGGAGUACACCCAGCUCAAGCAGGCAACAGAGAACAAACGCUGGGCCCUGCAGGAGUUCAGCAAGGCCUACCACUGAGAUCAGGCAGAGCCAGGAAGCACGGCUUCUGUGCAGCCGUUGCUUCUCUUCCUGCUUUAAGGGCUACUUCUACCUGGGGCUCCUUUCACUCCAAGAGAAAGUCGGACAUGGGCCUAAAACACUGCAGCUGUGCACAUACCCUACUCGUUUCUGAUGGUCUCUUCUGGAAAAUGCAGUGAGCAGAUUUGUGUAACUUGGUUUUUGGGUUUUUUUUUGGGGGGUACUGGGUAUCGAACUCAGGUCCUUGCACUUGUGAGGCAGGUGGUGGAACUACUGAGCUAAAUUCCCGGCCCAGAUUUGUGUGACUUUACACGUGGCUGUUUGUCAGUGUCAGCCCUGUUUUGGAUUCUCCUGAAUAAAGUGAUGGCAUUACGUCUUAAGAUUUUAGUCUUUCCAUGGGCAAGGAUGGAGAAAGAACAUUGAAGUCUGUGGGUAAGGAGAAGAACUGAGUGGAUCCGAAGAGCAACAGAUCUGCAGUGCUAACCCAGAAGGUGGGUUGCAGAAGCUCCCGCCUGCCCUUCUCCUCAAGUCCUGGAGGCUUCAUUCUGGGAGAGCAGAAUGGGAUUAAAUCCCAGCUUGCUUAGGAAGAACCAUGAUCUCCAGAGUGGUAGCUGCUCAGGCAGGUAGUGGGCUGUCAGCCGUUAUAAUAAAGCAGCGAGGCAUCCAGCUCAGUAUGAGGUGAGGACACAGCUACUUGUGUUCCUGGUUCCCUCUGCCAGGGCUUGAAGACUUUGCGUCUCUUCAAAACAGAGUGGGGAGGAGACCCCAACCGAGUUCACUGGCACUUUAGCUGGGAACAAGGAGGGGCCUGGCUCACGACAAAACCAGGGAGGGAGAAUGGAAGCAGAGGGUCCCUACCUUUACUUAGAACCUAUUCAGCUUCUCAGCCACUUCCCAGAGAGACUGAUUCGGGUAUGCUGCAAAAGUCAAAUGGUGCUCCAAGAUGGUAUGAGAUGAAUUAGGUUCUUGAACUCAACUUUAAUUUUUUUUAAAAUUUUUUUACACCUCUCCUCCUUCAAUUUGCAGAUUUCAAGUAUUUUGUCCCAGGAACGUAAGACAGAAAGCAAAUGCUUUCCCUGAAGAUGAAUUUUCAUAGUCCUACUCACCACUCAGUGCACAUAGCCUUACCUAAAUGAUUACUUUAAAUUUUUUUAAAGUGGUGCUUACCACCAUUUUUCUGUGAGCAAAUGUUAUUCCACACAAAAUGGACAAAAGAGUCAGGCAUGGUGGCACGUGUGUAAUCCCAGCACUCGGGGAGGCGGGUGCUGAGGCAGGAGGAUUGCCAUACAUUCGAGGCCAGCCUGGAUACAUAGUGAGACCCUUCAUCAAACAAAGUGGGCCGUUAGCAACUAGAUAAUGGAAAAACUCAGAAAUAGCCAAUAAUAGCUGGGCAUGGUGGCACGUGCCUGUCAUCCCAGCACUGAAGAG